AGCCGUUCCCGCUCAAGGUUUGCCGGCGGGGGCGGCUCGGGGCGGCCGGGCGCCGUUUGCCACGCGGGGGCGCCGGCCGCAACCCCUUCGCCGCGGCGGCGGGGCCUGCCAGACCCCCCGAUGUCUCAGCCAGGGACGUCGUGCACUCCCGAUGCCGACCCGUGCGGCGCCGACAGGAUAGCUUCCAGGAGCCAGGGCCGCAGCCCACUGCUGGCCUCGGAGUCGUCUGCCCGCAAGCUGAAGGCACUCGCGGCCACCGCGGCGGGCUACGUGUUCGAGCUCGGGUCGGGCCAGCAGGACGGGGACAGCGCCGAUGCAGGCGGCGACAUCGACAUUCGCGAUGCCACAGUCACGCCAGGCAUGCCAAAGCAGGUCUCGCAAAUCUGGCCAGAGGAGCACGAACGGGUCGAUCGGCUCGCCUUGCUCAGCCCGCUCGUCAUGACAGAGUCGAACGGCUUUAGGAAGGCGUGGGAAUGCGUUCUGUCGAUAUUGCUGGUCUACGUCGGCAUCGUUUUUCCGUAUAAGGUGUCAUUCGUCCAGAUGCGGCUCCAUGCUCCUGGUGACUGUGAGGCAAUCACAGAGUCAACUCGUGAAGACAGCAUUGAUACAUUCGUCUUAUUUUUCUUUUGGAUCGACCUUUUCCUGAAUUUCGUUUUCACCUACCGCGGGGAGGAUAACAUCGAGAUUGCGGCGCCCUCCAGAAUCAUAAGGCAUUACCUCCGCGGCUACUUCGGGAUCAAUCUCCUGGCCUGCCUCCCCGAAGAGAUCUUCACGCCGCUAAUCGAGGCGACGGGCAUAGAUCCGGGCGGAUGCUCCUACGGGGGAUCUGCCAACAUCGUGGUCCGCUUAGCCCGACUGGAGAGGGUCACGCGGCUGGCACGGCUUGCGCGGCUACUCCAGAUAGUCAAGAUCGUAGCCUUCGUCCAGAAGUCUGCGGUGGUGCAGCUGCUGAAGGUGCUGAGAAGCUUCCGCCUCCUGAACUGGCUCAUCUGCCUGGGCUGGAUCGUGCACCUUCUUGCCUGUGGCUGGUACCUUGUCGCUGCGCUGCACGAGAAUCACCUAGAGACAUGGCCAAACCGGAGGAUCAUUUCCAUUGACGGGGCCACGCUCUUAUCUGAGGCUCCCCACAUCCUGUGGGCCACCUCCGUGUAUUUCAUCCUCACUGUGUUCACCACGGUCGGGUUCGGCGACAUGUACCCCGUCAAGGUGGGCGAGAUUAUCUAUGUAGUCUUCGUCAUGAUGAUCGGCGCCGUCUUGCACAGCAUAAUCAUCGGCGAGGUGAUCACUAUCGUCAGCGAGGUGGACGAGGACACUAGGUGGAAGAGGAGCAGGAUGGGCCUGCUGGAGGCGUACAGCAGCCAUACGCAGCUGGACCGCGACACCGUGAGCAGGCUCACGCGCUGGGUGGAUGGCCUGCCAUCGGGGAGGAGCACGUUCGACCCAGAGGACAUGCGCAGGCUCUUCACGAGCGGCAUUAUGCCGCGCUCGCUGCUCGGGGAGCUCCCCGAUCGGCUGUUUGACGGGCAGCUGGCCAGGAACAAGUUUAUGACCACAUGCGCCAUCAGCUGCACGAGCGGCAUCACGCCACCUCGCUUCCCACUGUUCAUGUCGACGGUGCUUUGCCAGCGGUCGUACAAGGCUGGGGAGACGGUGUACGAACUGCAUGACCAUGCCUUCAACAUCUUUCUCGUGAGGUCUGGCACUUUCGCCUACGUCUGUGAGGUCACUGGCGCCGGCGCUGUGGACGCCGCGAAGGAGCCCGGCAAUCCCGCAGAGAUCAACGUUGCCCGACAAGCCAGCCCGACCAUGGGGAUCAAGUUUGUCACGGCGACCAUGGGCAUGCGCAUGGGCCGAACAGCGUCGGAGAAGCCCUGUAUGGAUAGCAACGCGGCCUCACAGUCGAGGACAUCAUUGAAGAGUCAGUUCAGCGCGACGUCCGGGCUGGAGUACCACUUGGUGGCUGACGGUGGGACGCUUGCCGUAGUGAACCCCGGGGAGAACCGGCGGUCCUACAGCAGCCCAAACGCCGGUGCCAGCGCAUGUUCUGCCCUCGGCCAGGGCAGGGGGGCGUGGUCCCUGGACAGCUCGAAGGCGAGGGAGUGGCUGCAGAUCAACCUGGGUAGCGUGAGGAGCGCGUGCGGCGUUGUCGUCCAGGGGCACCCGAAGAGGGACGAGUGGGUGACGAGGCUGAAGGUCUACACGUCCUACGGCGGCGUGGAGGGGUGGCAGGAGGUGCCGCUGGCGCAGGCGGGCCCCGAGCCUGCUGCCCACCGCGACGACAAGGUGGAGUUCCAGUUCCAGGUGCCCGUCGCAACCCAGUUCGUCCGCAUCGAGCCCCAGGAGUGGCACGGCCGGGCCUCCCUGCGGGCCGCGGUGCACGUGCUGAAGCAGCGGCUCCACCCCUACGAGCUCGUCGGCAGGAGCGCCUACUUCGGGGAGGACCUCCUGCUGGGGCCGAACCGCACCGCCACGGUGCGGUGCGAGCAGGGCGGCUGCGUGCUGCUCCUGCACAAGCAGGACCUCUGCGCCGCGGCGGGUGCCGCGGGCGCCGGGCUCCUGGCGGAGUUCCCGCAGUUCCGGCGGGUGCUGCGGGCGGAGUGCCUCCGGCUCCAGGCGCGCCGCAGGCGCGCGCUGCAGCACGUGAGGACGGGGCACAUGUACGUGUCUUUCGCCGCCGUGGCGUUGCAGGAGGCAUGGCGCGCGCGGAGGCGGCGGCUCGGCGGCGGUGGCGCUGCGGAGGCCGAGCCGCCCGCGGCGGCGCCAGGGGGGCGCGGCCGGGGCCCGCCGCAGGAGGAGCCCGCGGCUGCGACGCGGCUGGACGGGGGGAUGGGCGACGGCCAGGCCGACCGGCUCAUCGCGGACCUCGGGGCGCUCCGGGCGGACGUCGGGAGGCAGUUCGGGGCCGUCAGCGCCGCGCUCGAGAGGCUGGAGAAGCUGGUCGUCGCCCUGCCCCCGCAGGGCGGCGCCGCGCCUUCGUGACCAGCCCGGUCGCACGUCCCGGGUGCGCGCUGCGCCGGCCGCCAGAGUGGAGUGCCAGGCGGCGGAGGGUCGACUGCACGUGGCCCUUCGCUGAAGUGGCAUUGGUUCAGGCCCACUGGGGCCCCCCCGAUCGCGAACGCGAUGCGGGGGUCCAUGCAAAGAAACGCCCUGCUUGCCUCCAGGGUGCUCUGGGCUUCUUGUGUGUUCGAUGGUGCUGCGAUGGAGAGCGCGACGUUCCCACAUUGAAAGUCAGUAGACGUCAUGGGGUCUCAGGGCCGGGUUUCUCGUGGAAGGUUUUGUGUGGUCGGGCCCGCCCGUGUUCGGUGCCCGCCCGGACUGGCGCCUUGUCGUUGUCUUCCCUCCUUCUGCAUGGUGGCUGAAUUAAUUCGCCCAGCGCCCCCGUUUUGCCUUCCUCGCCAGCGCAGUCCCUCCGCCCAGCCGCCGACGCAAAAAUUGUGCCCGGUGCCCACGCGGCCCCCAGGAAACCGCGCACCGAAGGUCACUUCUUACCCAGGGUCGCUCUUGCGUGCAGCCCACUCGGAGCCACGCUCUCGAAGCCCUCUCUUGGCCACCGCGGCCCAUCGUCUGCGGAUCUCUGCUCUUGCACCGCCUCGGUGAGCGCGCCCUUCCUGUCCCUGUUGUCGCAGGCCGCGCCGCGCGUGGCGCCCUCGGCUGCGCUUGUGGCUCCACGGAGCCACGGGCUUGGACGUCAUUGGAGGCAAUCGUGUGCCAGAUGUUGCUGGAUGCACUGGGGCUUGCCAGCGGCAGCCGCGCGGCGCUCCUCGAUCGCAGGACGCCAGUUAUUCAGCAACAUCGGCGCUCGCCAAGCCAAUCCUGGGCCCUGGCGUCCCCGAUGGCCGUCGAGGUUCAUAUGAUGCAACGGGCGUCCAGCCUCCCCAGGCCCAAGGGCAACCCGCUUUUCCGACGCAUCCUUCCGACCCAGUUUGGCCCGAUCCAGGGCCAGAUUUCGCCCGCUCGGGUCGCUCUUUCGGCCCCGAGUGAGGACCAGGCGGCCGUAGACGGCCAAUAUACGCUCGAGAAAAACCGUGUCAGC